CCAGAAUAACUUCCGGUUCAAACAGGAUCGAGGAGCGAGUAAAUAAAAUCGUUGAGAUGUAACUAACGUUCCCAGUAGUGACACAGUUAGUUAGAAUGGCAGCAGACUCCGAGUCCAAACUCCAGCUGGUUCACAGACACAUCCGAGCUUUUCCGGACUUCCCGAAGAAAGGAAUCAUGUUCCGAGAUAUCUGUCCCAUCCUGAAGGAUCCAGCUGCUCUGACAGCUGUGAUUGACCUGUUUGAGGAACAUGUGAGGAAGAAUCACCAGCAGGUUGAUCUGAUCGUAGGUCUCGAUGCUCGUGGUUUCCUGUUUGGUCCUCUGCUCGCCCAGCGGUUGGGAGUCGGCUUUGUCCUGGUCAGAAAGAAGGGCAAACUGCCUGGAACCACUGUCUCUGUGACAUAUGAACUGGAGUAUGGCAAGGCAGAAGCAGAGAUCCAGGAGGAUGCAGUGGCUCCAGGACAGAGAGUUUUACUAAUCGAUGACCUGCUGGCUACUGGAGGGACGCUGUAUGCAGCCUUUGAGCUGAUGAGGAAGCAGCAGGCUGUGAUUCUGGGCUGUAUGGUGGUCAUCGAGCUCAAGGAGCUGAACGGCAUCGACAAGCUGAACUCACAUAGUGUGUUCUCCCUGGUGCAGUACUGACGACCGCUGCAGCCCCCACACUAGAAACCAGUCCAACACAGUCACCUCACUGGAAACCAGUCAAGCGCAGCCGCCACACUGGAAACCAGUCCAACGCUGCCGCAUCACUGGAAACCAGUCCAACGGGGGUUCUAAAAGCAGUCACCUCUGGAGCUCAUGCACACAUUUACAGUUUUUGUCAUUUCAAUCCCUGUUUUGCAGUUUUAAUCAGCACUAAAAUACUAAAUGAUUUGUCAUUCAUUCAUAAUUCAAAUCAUAAUAACAAUUCCAAUUGUUAGUGGUCUCGUAUGUCUCUCUGUGUCUAGAAUGUUCUGUUCCUUUUCACCUGCUAAAUGCUGGGACCAGUGCCUGAACAACAUACAUGAAUAUAUAAUAAAACAGUUUCUCAGCUGUA